GUCCCGAUGUCCCGAUGGAAUAUGAUCUAGCUCGUUGUAACUUUCGCUGUGAGUUCGCGAUCGCGGCAAUAUCUGUGUAUCCUAGGAUCGGUGGCUAUCCCGUGCGCACGAUGCACCCUGAUUUCAUCACCUCUGCUGAACUCCAGAUCCUUAGCUUCGACGCCACAUGACCGAAGAGCCUUGUCACACGAAUAGUCGCAUGCCGCUCAGCACAACGAUGUGGUUGACAAUUCUCAAUAUAGCACUGGCGAGCGCUUGCGGGCAGCAGUACGUCAUGUCUAUGCCAGUCUUGCAAGGCAACAUCGGCGGAAUGGCUGGUCAACAAGAACCGAUUCCUCCCAGUACAAGAGCUCAUUGGAUGCGACAGGCCAACAUUGCCCUUGGUGCACCUUGUCCAUUCGCUGGGUUUGGCUCGGUGAUUGUAAACCACACCGCGAACGCGGGACUGGGCGACUUGGUCUGUUCAGGGGUGAAUGGAAAUAGGGAAACUGGAAACCCGAUACUUCAUGGUGAAGUGGCAGCAAUCAAUAACUGCACGACCAUUUUAACUGACCCUAACGGGCCAUAUAAACUGUCUCCUAGAGAAGCCACGGAGGCAUUCACUAGUUUGUCAAUCUAUACCAAUGCUGAGAGCUGCCCGAUGUGUGCUUCGGCCAUUCGAUGGGCAGGUUUUAAGGAAUAUGUUUACGGCACAAGUAUCGAUAAGCUGGUCAAAAGUGGCUGGCACCAAAUGAAUAUCUCCUCACAAGAGAUCUUUGAUCGAUCUAACACGCUUGCUCAUUCCACAGUGCUGAUAGGCCAUGUUUUGGCGAACGAGACAGACCCUUAUUUCCGCUGGCAAUUUGCUCCGGGAACUCCUUGCCCGGAGGGUUGUUCGAGGUUGGUUGAUGGUUGUCAUGCCGAUUGAACGCUUGGCCAUCCUGAUAGCAGGGAGCAAUGACCAGAUUCGGUCUCUCAGGACAGGAUCUCUAGCAUAUCUAUAUGCGCCAUGAUGAUCAAGGCUUUCCUGACAAUGAACUGAAUAGCAUCGCACCUUGGCGCAGAUUCCACAUCUUGAAUCGAAUAAUAGCAGAGGGUGCAAUCAAAUCUUUUGACUUCCCAUCCUGAAGAUGUGAUCAAGUAGACUACUACUCAGUCCAUCUAUGCUGCCUGAAGAUACGAUCCAAGGAUGUAUGCACCAUCGUUAAGCUCGUUCAGCGUGUUGGCAAACCCCCCCCCCCCCCCCCCCCCC